CGACAAUGACCUUCUCAAUUUUGCAACAACUCACUUGGAAGACUACAAUCAUCAAGAUUUUAAUCUGUGCAUAACCUCCGAAGUACCGGAUAGCCAAGAAAACAAUCAUGGCAGACAACAAUAUUGUUGGUCGGUUGGCAUUGAUCACUGGAGCUUCGAGCGGAAUCGGAGCAGCAUGUGCAAGAGAUCUUGCAGGAAGAGGUGUUCACUUAGCCUUGACAUACUCUAAGAACAAAGAAAGCAUGGAGAAGAUCGUGGCAGAUAUCAGAGUCUCGAGUCCCGAAGCAGCCAAGUUACGUUUGUCAAUCCAUAAAGUUGAUGUAGGAGUCGUUGAUGAGAUGAAGAACAUGUUCAAAGAGAUUCAAGAGCAACAUAAAACUCAUGUUGAUAUCCUCGUGUCCAAUGCGGGCUAUGGAAAGAGGAUAGUAGAUGUCUGGGACAUUCCUUUGGAAGAGUUCGAAUACACUCUUAAUGUCAACCUAAGAGCAUCUUUCGUCCUAGUCAAGGGUGUUGUCGAAGGAAUGAAAGCACAAAAGUGGGGGAGAAUAAUCUUCAUGUCUUCCAUUGCAGCAUCUGGUGGAGGAAUUAAUGGAUGCCAUUAUGCAGCAUCAAAGGGUGGAUUGACUGGAAUGAUGAAGAACUUGGCUGCUAAAUUAGCACUACUCAACAUCUCAGUCAACGAUGUCGCACCCGCUUUGAUCGGAGAGACAGGUAUGAUUAGUGGUCCGGACAUAAUCCCUGGCGGUGUGGGUACGAUUCCUUUGGGAAGGCUUGGGAGUCCUCAAGAAGUUGCAAAUGUUGUAAGCAUGCUUGCGACAACAGGUUUCAUGACUGGACAAAGUUUAUUGAUUGCUGGAGGCCUGAAAUGAGUCAAGGCACGUCUGUAUGGUGCGGGAAGUCAAUGAAUCAAGUUUCCUACUUCAAACCAUAGAUAAUUAUGUUGAUGAUGAUUCUCUCAGGAUGUUCCAAAAGCCGCUUCACCUACACACCUUGACUUUACAGACAUCGGCU